AUGAAAGGUGCUUUUGAUAGCCACUUUCACAUUGAUAGGCUGGGAAGGGAGCUAAGGUUAGCAACAUACAAUCUUAGGGAGUUGCAGGGGUCUGCCCAAUCGAUGGAUCAGAGCAAUUGCGUCCAUCUCUGUGGUGCAGUGGCGAAUUUUUGCGACCCAAUCACCUACCCUUCGCUGGAAGAUGUCAACUUCCUAAAAAGCCAGGGGAUAGUGACCACUGUAGGUUUACAUCCAAGGCACGCAACGGGGGUGAGGCCAGCAACAGUCGAUAAACUACAGGAGAUGCUGCAGUGGCCAGAAGUUGUGGGUUUGGGAGAGAUUGGACUGGAUCACACGGCUCCUAUGGAAGAGUGGGCAGUCCAAAGGGAUGUUCUGGCAACAGCGUUGGGCCUGUUGGGGCCACGUCAUGUGCUUGUGCUGCACUGCAGAGGACGGCAUGAAGCAAGAGUUUUCGGAGCUCCUCGCAUCCCUCUUUUAUCAGUGUGUGGGAGUUGUGUCAAGGGAGCAGAGGAUUUUCGUAAAUGUUCACUUUGGAUUUACCAAUCUCGUCGCAAGGAGGAGGUUUACCACGGGACAUGUUGA